AUGCGGCCGAACCUGCGUGCCGAUUUCAAAACCGGCCUUAUUCAGGGUGGGCAUAGGGUCCCGACAAGCCUUAAAGAGGGACCAUCCCUGUUUUACGCCUUUGCGGCCUUAAAAAGGAAGGCGAUUUGUUCAGGCGAUUCCACCAGCCUGAAGCAGAGCAACCGGCCUUAAAUUUGUGGCCUUCAACAGGGACUUCUAUUACUGUUUGAAUCGACUUUAUGCACAACAGACAGUACCAGGAUACAUAUGCAGGGCUACCAACAGCUGACCUAUUGGGGGGGAAAUGGGCAACAUAUGUACAUGCCCCUUUCUUGUUUUUCAUCGCUCACAAGGCAGUAGUUUUCUGCCAGGCGUAAUGAGUUCGUAACUUCGGCGGAAGGGACUUGCAGUGAUGACACAUCCCUAAUAGUUACGGAUAGGAGUGCAUUCUCGCGACUGCUGUGGUCAACAUUGCAGUAGCUGCCAACAGACGGAGUUCGCGUAUCACGGCCUGACUCAACAACAACCGGGCACCGGUGGGUAUCUAGACCGCCGUGAAUCGUCAGCCUUCCAUACGACGUUUCCCAAUCUCACUGGCAGCCACAUCUCUCGAUAGACCCUAACGACCAGUUGGCUUUGACCUUCAUGGUGACCUGAAUCUUGUUGCUGCGAGUGUAUUUGCGUGGAUAUUCGGCUUGCCAAACACAUGCGUGGCAGUGCUAUGUACAGCCGUGUCGGUGUGGAGUGCGCUCCUUGGUCGCAGACGGCAACGACUUGCAACGACUUCCGCUGUUGGCACAAAGUUUAACGCGAUAACUAGAGGUACAGCACGACCUGAACCGAGAGGAAGAAGGUGGAGAUCUCCGCGGGAGGUUGCCACAGCUUGUAGAGUCGUAAGCGACGCAAACAAGUGGUACUAGAAGCGUCGUCCUCGUCAACUUUCGUUCGGCAUAUCGGGAUCUGCCCAUGACACGAUUUCGCCGGCAUGUCGUCGAGAACCUGCGGCUUUAGACACUCUCGCGUAAGCGUUGCGUAUUUUGAAAAAUUCCAAGUUUCGUCCAGCAGGCAUCGUUCACCUGACGCCGCAUGUCUGUUUGACGCGCUGCGCUGCUGUAUGGAGGACGAUUGGUAGCGGUUCGCGGCCCGAAUAUAGUAGAUUCGCGGUGAAGCGGUGAAAGCAUUGAGAAUUUAAUAUGCACGUGCUUCUUGUCCGGCGCUCCCCGGCCAACCUAUGCACAGGCCAAAGUCAUCAAGCUUGGGGAGGAUGUGGAUGGCAAGAUUGAGGCGAUGCACAGGCUGGCGAUCACAUAGGCAGACCAUGAGGCCAUGAGGAAGGAGGUGGAGGAGUGGAGGAGUUGCGCAGGGUGGUCGAGACCAAAGACGAAGAUUCGUUGGAUCUUAAGCCGGGAAGCCUUGGCCGCUAUGCAAGCAGAACUCGAGGAGCAGCGCAGGAUUGCAGACCUAGCGAGUAGGGUCAAGGUUCCCCCCGGAGCCCCACGUAUAUCGAGACUGGUACGCCGAGCGGGAGGGGGUGGUCUCCGAGGCGUGUGAUCGCUUGGGCAUUGGACGCUGCGACAACGCCUCCGGAGAGCCACGCAUGGUCGGGCCGGCAGGCCCCAGCGGCGCGGGAAAGUCCACGAUCGCGUCGAUGCCCAUCGCACGGCAAGACUUGCGGGCAUCUUUCCACAAGGGGUUGCUGUGGCUUCGAGACGGCCGGUAGAGUUGCGGCAACUCUCGAGCGAUGGUCAGUCCUCACGCUCGAGGGAGGCGGCAUGUACCGUGUACAUGACAACCACACGGACUUCGUUCAAGGGUGCUUUGCGGCAUACCAGAACGCGAGGCAAAGGACUCUGCGGCGAUGGCGAGCGUACAUCUCGAGCGUCCGUGCGCUUCGCUCCUACACAAGCUUGUGGCUAGUAGAGAUGUGGGAAAUGCUUGAGCGAGCGGAAGGCAACGGCAGGAUCUCGCAUCAGUUUGGCACGGCGCUGGAUGCAGCGUAUGCAGCUGACUCCUCGAAGGCUGAGCUCUCGGAGGCGCUUGGAAGAGCGGCCCGUUUCGACUGCGGCGGAAGGACUGGAUGGAAGCCUAUACCAAGAACUUGCGAGUGCUGCACAUCCACGAGAACACCAUCGGUCCAUGUACUACGGAGACAGCCGGAACCCUACACUCUCUCGGGGCAUGCAUGCACAAUGAGGGCAGGAGGGAUAAGGCCGAGGGUUGUUAUCGACAAGCCCUCGCCAUCAGGAAGGAAAUCCUGGGUGACAAUCACCUAGACGUGGCGCGCACGCUGUACUCUCCUAGGGGUAUGCGUAUACGCCCUUGGACAGUUGACCCGGGCCGAAGAAUUUUAUCGAGAAGCGCUAACUAUUCUGGAGAACUAACUGGGGGCCGAUCACCCUGACGUGGCUGAAGUCCUGCACUACCUCGGGGUGUGCAUGUACAGC